GUGCUUUAGAUUAAUCUUCUUAAUGUUUAAAAGGCAUGGUCAGCGGUUUGCCUUCUGGACUGAUGAGGCCAGAAGCUUGGUCCAAGGAACUCUUCAGCCUGUCUACAUUGUGCCAAGACAGAAAGCUAUCUCUGAGAAAGUCCCAGCCCACAUUGAAGCUGUCAAUGUCCGCACAGCUGAAGAAAAGAAACUAGUGGACUUUAUUGUGAAGUUACAGGGAUCUGAGGAACAUUUGGUGGGUGUACUCAACGGGAAGCCAUCUAAGUGGUUACAUAAGGUAACUUCUUCCCGGGUGCCUGUCUACCUCGACAAUGAGGAACAACAGGACAUCUUGUUCUCAUAUCUGAGAGGAUUGCUGGAUAGGAUACCAACACAAUUGAGCGUCGCAGAUGAAGUGCAGUUCAUCUGUGAUGUUCUUUUUCCAGAGGCCAUCAUAAAUGCCCUGGCUGUCCUCUGGGAUAUCUCCUUACAGGAGGCUGAGCAGGUCUUCCUUUCUGGUCCGGAUUAUCAUUGCAGUGAAGUGGAAGAUUUUAACCGCCAAAUUGACAAACAAUUGAGGAAAGAAGGGAGACCAUUCAAUUGAGUUGAAGCCAUUCUUGCAGCAACUGGUGGAAAAGGGGAUCUUUUUUGUGCUUUUGUUCUAGCACAAAUAAUUUUGUUCUUUCAUAUAAUAUAAAUCAUGCUUGAAUCAUUCUCGAGUUUUGCCUUCUGAUAAACUUGAUGUAUUAACACAAAAUAUUAAAUUAAAAAAUUAAUUUGUGACCAAGAUAUUUUGAACUAUGAUGAUAUUUUGAUAUGUUAAACGCAUAACUUUAUGCGAUCACCCCCCCCCAGUGUGACUCGAGCUGCUGGGCUGCACUGGUAAAUGCCUCAAUAUGUACAUUUUCCAUUGAAUGUUUUAUACUUGCAUUUGAAACAAGUUUUAAUGACUUUCUCUGUCUGUAGCAACGGAACAUUCACCUUUUCUCUGCAUGUGUUAAUGCGCUGUGGGACAGUUGAGCAUGCUGGAAAGGUUAUCCUUGUACAAGGCCGGAUCCAUACUGAUGCUUUGCCCCUUCUCUUUAGGGGACCACACUGGGAGAGACACUGUAUUGGUGUGUACUUAUAACUACAACAUGGUGUGAUAUUUUGUAGUGGUAUCUAAAGAUCUUAAGUGUGUAGAGCUUGCUGUGUUGCAUGCUUCGACUGGUGCUGGGUUGCUGUCUCCUGUUUCUGUCUCCCCAGGGGCCUCCUGAGCAGGGGUUUUGCAUUGGCUGAUCCGACCUUCCUAGAUUGAGGAAAAUCCGCCAGUCAUUUAUUCCAGUCUUUUUAAGAUCCGUUUUAAUAACUAUUCUACGUCUUUUUGCACUAAAAUGUAUAAUAAAUUUGGAAUAAAUUUUUAUAUCUGC